AUGGGAUCUUUGGAUACCAAAUCAGACCCGAUAAUCUUGGAGCCAAAGCAUGAAACAGGAAGCAAUAAGAGUGAACCAGUGAUAGAUUCUUCCACUACUUCUGAUAAAAACGAUCUAUUAGAAUUGAUAAGUGCAAGUGACAGUGAAGAUGAUGACAAAAAAAUCUUCCCACACGCCUCACCUUCUUCCACCAUCUCAACAACCGAUUCCACAUUAAAAGAUUCCUUUCAAGAUUCUGAUAGCAAAAAUGGUGGAAAAGUCAAUGAAGGUAUGGAUUACACUUCUGAAACUCCUCCUAUCCAAGUCAUGGAAAGACCAACAACCCCAAAAUACCGAAUACCAUCUUCUGUUUUUGCUAGAAAGCAAUCUACAAGUCAAGAUUGGGCCAUGGCUUCAAAUGAGUCGUUAUUCAGCAUUCAGAUGAGUUUCAACUACCAAGAUAGCAUCAACUGGAAAUCGGGAGACCUAGAAAGAUAUAUACAGGAGAUUGAAACCAUUCCUGAAUCGAAUGAAACGGGUAAAACCCACGGGUCAGAAACAGGAAAGGACCACAAAUUGUGUGAUGAGGGUAAAAGUCCUGAAUUGGGUGGAGAGGAUAAGAAUCAGAGUUUGGGUGAUGUAAGUAAGAAUAAGAAUCAUGGAUCAAGUAUUCCAGAUGAACCCGUGAAUCCAAAUUCACAAGAAAAUCAAGGAAGGAAAUCUGUUGUUGAUGAUCGUGUUUCUCAUCUUUCUGCAGAAAGUGAAAGUGCAAAAUCUUUUACAUUUCCAGUUUUGGCAGGAGACACAGAUAAAGAUGGAGCUAGGAUGACUACUGGUUCAUUGGAAGCGAUCUCAGAAACAGAAAGGGAACACCCUGAACCAGAGAAACAGCCCAAGCCCAAGCCCAAGGCAGCAACAACUUGGACAAACUGCUUUGGUUGUACUGUCUGUCCCCCUUUGGUUCUGAUUUCUAGGCUUGCCAUUCCUGUUACAACAGGGGCAAAGAAGGAAGAAAAAAUGAGAAAUAUUGUGAUUGAAACAGAAGGACGUGAUGUUCUUGAUCAUAGCAUCAUCCUGAUAAAGUAG